AUGCUUCCAGAAGUUUCCAGACGAGCGCGCCGCCCCGAGAUGGCCCCGGUCUCCGCCUCCGCCUCCGCCUCCGCCUCCGUGGUCCCUCCCGUCGGCGCGCGCUGCGCCGUUUGCGGCGGCGUCGACAUCUCCGUCCCCCACCAGGCCAACUGCUCCCACUGGUUCUGCGGACAUUGCAUCGUGGGGGUGUGGCUACAGGGAUCUGUCCUUCGGCCAUCCAAUUGCCCUGUUUGCCGUCGCCCCAUAACGCUGCUGGUACCUUCUGAAGUUGCUUCCCUGCUGCGUGAUGAGCCAGAAAUCGCUCCUGUCAUGAACCGAAUUCAGCAGUACAAUGGCCGUUUUGCUGGAGUACCUCACAGUAUGAUUCAGUGGUUGCUGGACCAGCCCUUUUACAUGAGGAGAAUGCUGGCAGAAUUCAGAGACACACGCCAAGAACCUCCCUCCUUCAAAAUCCAAGUCGCAUUGGCAGCCACCCUCGCUCUGGUGUACCUCGCGAGCCCUAUUGACCUUUUCCCUGAAGCUUUCCUGGGGUACCGUGGUCUGCUGGACGACAUCCUGGUGCUCAUCGUCGCGUACGCCUUCAUCUCCGCCGCCUACCGGGACAUCCUCGUUGCCCGACACGCCGCGUGA